UGUUCUAUUCAAAUAAACAGUAUUCCUUUCUUCGAAAAUGAGUCUUGUCGCAUAUGGAAGUAGCGAUGAAAGUUCUGAAGACGAAGGUAUUAACUGUGAAGCGAAAAGUGAAAACGAAAUUGCGCCAGAGGUUGCGAUACAAAAAACAAAUGAUAAAUUGUGUUUACCUACUCCGAAACAUGAUACUCUCGUAGAAAAAGUUCGUGAUAUCGAUGACACAGAGACAGUCGAAGCAAAUGACUUGCCAGAAAAAAUACAUUUUGAUAAAUUACCUAAACCUAAAAGUUUAAUAAUCGAAACGGAAACUAUCGAAGAGGACGAUAUCCCUCCGCAAAAAGAGAUUGAAUUAAAACCUGAGAAAUCGACAAAAAAAGAUCGCGCGCCAGUUAAAAUAACAGUGCCUUCUUUAUCCGAAUUUAAAGAUCUUGAAGAGGAAAAAGAGACAAAGUCCGAUAAAAUUAAACCUUCGAAUAAAGGUACUAAAUUAUUUGCACUCUUGCCACCACCUAAAGGAAUCGAAGUGAAAGCUACUAAGAAUUUAGUACCUAGUGUUGUUAAUAAAGCUGCUGCAAAAACCAAUCAAGUGAAACUUCAACCUGCUAAAGAUGCACAUGCGAAAGAUUCAGACAUAAAAAGAGUAACAAAAUCUGUACCACUAAAAAGUUCCAUAGGUAUAAGCUAUGACUCGAACUCUGAAGAUGAAGAUGAUGCAGCUACAAGCACUAGUAGUCGUUCUACUACAGAUUUCUUUGCUCUGACAGCAACAGAAACAGUUCCAGAUAUUGCUAUGUCUGAUUUGGACAGUAACACAGAUUUGAGUAAUUUGGAUUUGGAACUGGAGAAUAAUUCGAACAAAGAUAAUAACUCAGGUGACAAUCCAGAUGAUAGUUCUGAUACAGCAGUAACUGAAACCUCCAUUAACAGUCCUCACAAAACAUUAGUGAGUAAUGUUAUAAAUUUACCAAGAGAAGAAAUAUUACUAAAAAAUAAGGCAGAAGUAGGUCCAAAACUACCAGUACCUGAACAGGAAUAUAAUGUAGAUGUAGAAGGCAAUGUGGCUUUUGAUGAUAAAGCUAUUGAAUACCUUUGUGGAAGAAGAGGAGUAAAACGAAAACCUAAAGAAAUUGAGGAUGUAAAUAUCAUUGAAAUAAAUGGAGAAGAUAUUAAACCAGAUGAAAGAGAAUGGUUAGUGAAAGCAUUAACAGAAGAGUCUGUACAAAGGCCGGUAUCUAUGCAAGGUGGAGGAGUAAGUUCCCAGUCUAAAAAGAAACAUCAAAUAACAUACCUGGCACAUCAAGCUAAAGCAAUGGAAAUGGAAUUGAAGAACCAAUGGGCACAAAAUAGAUUGACAAGAAAACAGACACAAUCGAAAUAUGGUUUUUAA